AAUGGUUGCAUUUAAGUUCUUUUUUGCAUUUAUAAUAUCAUUAGCUUAAGAUUAGCGACUUUCACAUGGUAUAUUUUCAGCAAAUCUUCGUGUGAUGUAAGAUUUAUGUUUUUAUUGGACCUUUUUCACAACGCGCACAUAUUUCCAAACAUCACAGUAAAGGCAGUGAAACAACAUAAACAACAUGGCGCUGGACAGCCUGAGAGAUGUGGACAAUUCUUAUGUUAGCAGAAUUCACAGUAGGAGGACAUCAGGAAAACUUCAUAAAGGUAAUAGCAUAGCAGCACCAAAUGCUUCCAUACCCAGCAGGUACCAAACUAUAAUCACAGACAAUUCAGACAGGAAAGGAUUCUUAUCAAAAGCCAAAAGAUUUAACCAUGAAGCAAUUAUAGAUGAUAACCCUGGUCCAGGAACAUAUGUAAAUCAAACAAAAACAGAAACUGUCAGCACAUCAUUCUCUAAAAGAGGAACAGGAGGAUUUGCAUCAAAGAGUAAAAGAGAACAAAAAGUGGGGCCAACACCAGGUCCUGGCUCUGCUGCUUAUCAGUUGCCAAGUUUGUUACAGUCAAAGAAAGAUUUUAACAAUGCAUAUACAAGAGUAUUCCACAAACCUAUAGCGCAGCCUGUUGCAAAACUGUCAGCUGUACCAGCACCUAAUGAAUAUGAGGUCCUCAGGUACAAGCCAGGCAAGGCUAACAAUGUAUCUGCUCAAGCAGCUUUCAAGUCACAAUCAAAACGGGAAGUUAUGGAUACAAAGGAAUCUGCAAAGAAACCUGCUCCAUGGCAAUAUCAUGUAGAUGACAAACUCCUUCGUGACAGUAUCAAAGUUCCUUUUUCAAGUUUCAAGUCAACAUCAAAACGACAAAUGGCACCAGAUCCGCCUCCUUAUCCUGGACCUGGGACAUACAAACCACAUGAGGCAGUAGAGGAGAGUGCAAACAAACUCAUUUUACCGUAAGUAAACUGUCUUCUGUAUAUGAAUUUUCAUAAGAAGCUGUGAUGGUUAUACAUUUCUGAAUAGACAUCACUGUUAACGAUUUUAUUACAAAAACAAGGAUGAAAAGCUUAAAAGAAGUCCUUGGCCAUUGGUAUACUUUCAAAAUGAUAAUUAUAUAUGGUGCCAAUUUCAUACAUUUCUUAGUAUUUCCUAUACAGUGCAGUGUACAAUUUAUUCUGGUAAUGUAAACUGGCACUUUACAAGAUCUUGUUACCAGUUGUUAUAUAAUUAUUAUUUUAGGGUUCAAUUGUUUUUAAACCAGGUUAAAUUAGAUGUUGAUGAUAUUCAGAUUGGCUUAAAUAAAAUUAGAAUUGAACAUUUUAUAGAUAUGUUCCCCAUAUGUUAUUCGCAGGUGAAUUGGGAACUUAUUUUCUUCCCAGUAAUCAUUCACUCAAUCGAUAAAGUUGGCAUAUGAAAGGGUUGGUAAUUUACUGUGCUAUAUCAGGUGUUAAGAAGGGAAAGCCGUGAAACAGUAUAUCCUUCUUGAUAGAAAAUAUCUGACAAACAGGAAGUUGAAAGUAGCAGACUCAAAGGACCUAAUUUGAGUUUUCAUAAGCAUCACGCUUGGCAUUUAUUGAUUGUUGGAUGAGCAUGCCUUGGACUUUUAUACAUCAAAGUGAAAUGUUAUUUUUUGCUUUUCCAGCUGUUCAAAAGAGACUGGAUAUUGUACAAUUUUGGUUUUGUACAAUGUGUGUAGUGUUUCCUCUUUUUUGUGUUAAAGGCCUCAUAAACGAUAAUUACCAUUUGCUAACAUGAGUCUUAGAUUAGAUUUUACGUUGGGGUACUUAACUCGUGGCUGGAGUCAUUAAUUUGUGCAUUUGUGCUCACAAAUAUGAGGCUUGAGUUAACAAAUGCCUUAUCAGUUUAUAAGGUCCUU